AUGAAUCACCAGAAUUAUAUGAAGUGGUUGAAAGACAAACUUCUUCCCAAUUUACCUUGCAAUUCAGUUUUAGUAAUAGACAACGCUGCAUAUCAUAAUGUGACUCUUGAAAAAUGUCCUACAUCAGCUUCGAAAAAAGACAUCAUGAAACAAUGGUUGACAGAAAGAAAUAUAUUGUUCGAUGAAAGCGAAACAAAACCGGAGCUCUACAAUAAGAUACUCAUUGCUAAACCUAAAAACCCAGUGUAUGCUGUAGACCAAUUAUUAGCACAGCACGGCCACUCGGUUUUACGUUUACCGCCAUAUCAUCCGGAACUUAACCCGAUUGAAAAGAUAUGGGCCAUUUUAAAAAAUGAAGUUGCAGCAAAAAACACGACAUAA